CUGAGACUACAAAUUUAAUAAUUUUCCAAAGUACUCAAUGAACAGAGUCUAUAAUAGAAAAAUAAUCUAAUAAUUUAGAUUUGAGACUACAAAUUUAAUAAGUUUUCAAAGUAAUACCCGAUGAUGAGAGAAGCUGAAGAGAAGACGCCGAAAACGAAGUUGACCAGACUACCUAACGAUCAAAUCGAUCGAAGAAGAGGAAGAAGAAGACAAAACCCCAAGGAAUAAAACUUCUGUAAUGGAGAUUUGAGGAAGAAGAAGAAGAAGAAGAGAUUGAACAUUGAGAUUGAAAGGAAAACUAUGGUGGAGGGUUGGCGAAAUGGGUUUCGCGAGGCGACGAAUUCGAAGCCUCUGUUCUUGACGAUCUACGCGACGGUGAUCAUCGGCGUUCUCGUCUCCUCCUUCUAUAUCUUCUCCGCCAUUUACUCUCCCACCAAUGGCUCCACCUCCUGGCUCUCUUCUCCUCCUCUCUCCACUGCUGGACGAAUUCACCAACUUCCACAAGAAAAUGCAACGUUUCAGUUAUCAGCUACACCACCACCACCACCACAUGCACUUCCACCACCAGCUCCGGAGGAAGCUCAAGGCGAACCAUUGGGUAAAAUUUGGGUGUCUCCUCCACGAGACAAGAAGAUGCCACCGCUCGAGUCCUUUAAACUGACGAAAGAGUUGUUUGGGGAAAGAGUGAAGGACAAUGUCAUAAUAGUCACCUUUGGGAACUAUGCUUUCAUGGAUUUCAUCUUGACUUGGGUUAAACACUUGACUGAUUUGGAUCUCUCCAAUAUUCUAGUUGGUGCGAUGGAUACAAAGUUAUUAGAGGCUCUGUACUGGAAAGGCGUACCGGUUUUUGACAUGGGAAGCCAUAUGAGUACAGUGGAUGUCGGGUGGGGUACACCGACGUUUCACAAAAUGGGAAGAGAAAAAGUUAUUCUCAUAGAUUCGGUCUUGCCUUUUGGUUACGAGCUUCUAAUGUGCGACACUGACAUGGUGUGGCUUAAGAACCCUAUGCCUUAUUUGGCUCGGUACCCUGAUGCUGAUGUUUUGACAUCAACCGAUCAAGUUGUGCCUACUGUCGUGGAUGACAGUUUGGAUAUAUGGCAACAAGUUGGUGCUGCUUACAACAUAGGAAUCUUCCAUUGGCGGCCGACAGAAUCUGCCAAAAAGUUGGCAAGAGAGUGGAAAGAUAUUCUCUUAGCGGAUGAUAAAGUUUGGGAUCAAAAUGGGUUCAAUGAGAUCGUUAGGAGACAGCUUGGUCCAUCUGUGGAUGGAGAUAGUGGACUUUUCUAUGCUUAUGAUGGAAACCUCAAGGUUGGGCUUUUGCCGGCUAGCAUAUUUUGCAGUGGCCAUACUUAUUUUGUUCAGGCUAUGUAUCAACAGCUCAGGCUAGAACCAUACGCCUUGCAUACAACAUUCCAGUAUGCAGGCACCGAAGGAAAACGCCACAGGCUUCGAGAGGGGAUGGUUUUCUAUGACCCACCAGAGUAUUACGAUGCACCAGGAGGUUUCAUUUCGUUCAAACCAUCUAUUCCAAAGAGCUUGUUACUAGACGGGAAGCAUACCAUUGCAUCGCACUUUAUCCUCAUUAACCACCAAAUGAAACAGAUCAGAUCAGCUCUAGCCAUUGCGUCUCUUCUUAAUCGUACACUGGUGAUGCCACCAAUAUGGUGCAGGUUAGAUAGACUUUGGUUUGGGCAUCCCGGUACUCUUGCGGGAUCCAUGACCAGGCAACCUUUCAUCUGCCCUCUUGAUCAUGUCUUUGAGAUCAAUAUCAUGGUGAAGGAGCUACCAGAGGAUGAGUUUGGCCCUGGGAUUGGUAUCAGAGAAUAUUCUUUUCUAGAUAACCCAUCAUUACCAAAACACGUGAAAGAGUCAUGGCUUGAUGUUCAGCUUUGUCAAGAAGGAAAAGAAGGAUGCGAGGCAUCGAAUAACACAAGCCCCUCUCGGGUUCUUAAGUUCCCAAAGCGGAGCAAUGAAGAUACGUUCAAGGCGAUAUUCUCUUCCUUCCACGAUGUCAAAGUGAUAAAGUUUUCCUCAGUUGAAGAUGCUUUCAUCGGAUUCUCUGACAUGGCAAGGGCGAGAAGAGAGAUUCAGAAGACGGGUAAAGAGAUAUGUGGGAAUAUGGUGUUGUGAGGAGAACAAGACUCCGGGACACAUUUACUACGAUAUGUACUGGGACGAGAAACCCGGUUGGAAACCGGUUCCUCCACAGACACCAGAAGAAGAUCAUCCUCCUCUCUGAUGCCCUGACCCGCAAGAGAAGAAGAGGGUUUACACACGAUUUCUUGGGUCACAAGGAGACUUAAGAGAGUUUUUUUUUGUUUUUCUUUCUUUCUUACGGUCUUUUACACUGUAAAACUGUCUCUUCCUCAUGUUUCUCUUACCACGUUAACGAUAGGAUCGGACCAAAAGAAAAAACGUUUUACUUUCAUGUAAUUUCUAAAAUUUAACAUUCAAAGUAUUUAUAUAAAGUGUCACUGAGAUGGGAAAAAUAUAUUUUUCAAAUUGGAUUAUAGAAACCAUUAGCUAAAUCAACCUUUGCUCAUCAUCGAUACAUAAAUUUCUGAGACAGAUGGGACCUGGUCGAAAGUGUCUAUAUAUGGACCGGUAAGAUCACCCAAAAAGAAAGAUAGAGAAGAAGACAAAAAAGGGUUCUUGGAUGAUUAAGCAAAAGAUACAGAAUGAUAAGCUAAAGCGUCUUAAGGACUACGCAAUGAGAGAAUCAAGCAGACUUGGGAAAAUGCUGAGACAGAAGUUUUGCAAUCUCCAGGAACCCAACCGUGUCUUGUCCAUUGAAUAUUGUCUUCAGUUUCGCAUCGCAUAGUAUCUGCUUCUUGUUUUCCGGAUUCUACAUGUUGUGAAGCUUGAUGUGUUCCCACACUUUCUUCACGGCGGUUGUACGAGCGACUUCGUUAGCGCCAAUGAACUUAGCGAGCGGCUGCGAAACGGGGAGCACCUUGAGUAUGCCUUUGCCUUCUCUACCGCUGCUAGCGCCGGGGGAAGAAGCAGCCUUCGUCAUCAAUACCCUGCAAGCUCCGAAAACCCUUGAAACUGUCGCCAUUUUCUUCUUCACACCGUUUUGAAUUUGGAAGGAGAGAGCUCUGUCCUAAAACCCUAGAUCAGUCGGAAUUUACACAAAGACUUUGAAAGCCGAGACAUUUCAGACUCUCUGCCACCUUGUGAUUGAUUAAUGGAGCUGUGGUUU